AUGAUGUAUUUAUUUUUUCCAGUGUAUGAUGUUGCCUUGGAUAACUAUGUGCUGAAUCGCCAGUGCCGCUGUGCUGACCAAAAAAUGCUCAACGACUCGCCGACGCCCGAGGAACCCACCAAUCUGUGCCAGCCCAGCAAUGUCCUGGAGGCCGCGCCCACUCCGCUUAUGGCUCUGCCGCCUUGCGACGACGAGGAGCACGAUCAUGAGCACGAGCACGAGGAGAGCAUGAAGUACCGGAUCGAUAAGGCCAGCAGCGGAGCCGCAUCGGCGGAACUGGGUAUGCCCGCCUACGAGGCCUGCUCGCCCAAGAUGGACUAUGAUACGCAGGACGAGCUGCCUGACUCGCCGCACUCGCAGCCGCUGCCACCACCGCCUUUGCCCGCGGCCCUGCCGCUUCCACCGCCGCCCACCUCGCAUCCCCAGCAUCUGCAACAGCAACAACACGACGAGGAGCAACAGCAACUGUUGCAGGAGCGCAUCCAGCACGAGUACAUGAAUCAGCAGCAGCAACAUCAGCAUUUGCAACAGCAACACCAGCAUUUGGCCCUCCUGCAGCAGCAGCAACAUGAACAGCAGCAACAACAACAGCAACAUCCGCAACAACAGCAUGGAGUCAACAUGGCCAUUGGCACGACCACAACAAACAACAUUCGACGUAAGUGA